GUUGGGGAUGGGUAUUCUAUGGCGUUGGGAUGGGUUCAAACUCCCGUCAAAUGAACAGCAGCGGGCCCUUCCACGGAUGCAAUCGUCACAAGCCGAGCGAGAAUCAAUUCCCGACAGUUAGCCAUCAUGACAUCAAACAUGGCAGUAAGUUCCGAUAAAAGCACAUCUUGUUGGGAAAUAUCUUCAGUCCCCUCUUCCUCAUUCCCUCCACUCCACGACCCCGUCCUACCUAUCUACCUAUUACUGCUGUGGAUUCGUCCCCAUCUCAAGCCAUGUCUUCCAAGCACUCCCUCUUCGAUCGGAUCCUCCGCGUCCUCGAGUCCGGUCUCGACACCACGGGAGCAUGGAAACAAGCCCAGAAGCUCCGUCGACUCCAGCAAACUCGACAGGGCGGGCUGGACGCCCAGGAACUCGAAACCAUCAGCAUCCUCCUCGCCAACGACUUCAGUCGUCGCAUGAACAUUCAAUACGAGGGCAUGUUUCUCCAGAGACGAUCGGCCAUUCUCGCCGAGCUGGACUGCGCCAUGAAGAAGAAAGUGGUAUGCGAUUUAGAUGAUGAGCUUAAUGUGGUGGAGCUGAAUUUGAAGGAACUGGAGAAGUAUAUGAAGGCGGUGGACAAGACGUACCACUCUGUGCUGAGGACGGAGGGUGAUAAGCCGUUUGAAAGGGCGAUCAAGGCGCACUGGAAGAGGAAGAAGUGGCAGCUGUCAAAAUGGCUCAAGGAUGAGUGUGCGGCGCGGGGUGGCUGUUGUGCGAGAGGUUGUGGGUGCUGCAAGAAGCAGAGGAGUCAGGCGAGGCCGGGGUUCGUGGGUCAUUGUACCUUUGCCUGUGCGUGUUGUGAGGAGGCGAGAGGGUAUGAGGUGGAGAAUUAUGAGGCCAUGGAUAUUGGCCAUACGCAUCAGACUCUGGUGAAGGGCAAUAGUCGUGGUAAAGCGCUUAUCAAAGCGUAUGUUUGGGGUUUGUGAGAGGAUUAGUUUGAGAUGUUAUGAGGGGACUUUGCCGAUCGUUGUGACUUGCUUUGGUUGCUUACUGUUGUGGUAUGAUUUGAUCUCGUUGAGCUUGGGUUACUCUGAGAGAUGAUCGGAUGAAUCAGAUAAAUGGAGACAUUUUAACACCAUUAACAAGAAUGUAGCUCACAUCCUGGCUAGAUGUAGACUACCAUAAAUCAGUAUAAUCAGCUGGAAGAGCAUCUGCACAAC